GAAUUCAACUCCCUCGAAGAAACAAUUAUUGCAUUAUUUCGUCGAUCAUUAUCAUAUCCAUGGUAUCGAAAUUUUGAAUUAUCAGAAAAGUGUCUUGACGACGUAUAUGUUCUUUUAAAAUUAGGUCGACGUGCCAUUUUGAAGGUUUUGCUCGAACUAAAAGAUAUAUUUGAUCACCACGAUAUUUAUUACGUAUACUCCAAGAUAUGGCUUGAUGAUUAUUGUAUUUGGUGUCAAACUAAAGCCAAUGAUAAGGUUAUUCGAUUAUUAGCACAUAAUGUUCAUCAUUUCAAGGUGCCAAAACCUAAAAUGGGAUGGCAUCUUGAGGAGUAUGAACAAUUAGCAUUAGAAGAUCAAUGUGAAAAUUAA